AACACGCGCGAACUCCAAAAUGAAGUUUAAGAUCUCGAUCGUCCUGGUGGCGUUGGCCACGGUCGCCUUCGCCAAAGAGGAGCAGAAGGAGGCCUCGAAAGAGGCGCAGGAAGCUUCGUCAGCGGAGAAGAAGACUGAGAAGAGAGGUCUCCAUCACAGUUACGGGAACUAUGAAGGUGGCGGUGGAGGUCUAGGAUCCUAUGGAGGUAGCGGAGGUGGCGGCGAGCAUGGUCACGAGCACGUCCAGCACGAGCACGUUAAGACGAUCACCUUGAUAAAGAAGAUCCACGUGCCGUACGAGGUGACGAAGCACGUGCCCUACCUGGUCGAAAAGCAUGUGCCCUACGAGGUUAAAGUCGGCGUGCCGCAGCCUUACACGGUCGAGAAGCACGUGCCCUACCCGGUUAAGGUCUUCGUCAAGGUGCCCGUCCACGUGCCGCAGCCCUACACGGUGGAGAAGAAGGUGCCCUACGAGGUUAAGGUCCCUGUGGACAAGCCGUACGAGGUGAAGGUCUACGUGCCUCAGCCCUACACCGUGGAGAAACACGUGCCCGUGCCGGUGAAGGUGCCCGUGCCUCAGCCCUACACGGUCGAGAAGCACGUUCCCUUCCCCGUGAAGGUUAAGAUCCCGGUACCGCAGCCCUACCCGGUGGAGAAGCCAGUCCCCUACGAGGUUAAGGUCCCGGUCGACAAGCCCUAUCCCGUGCACGUACCCAAACCUUACCCGGUCACCGUCGAAAAGCCCUAUCCAGUGGCGGUAGAGAAACCCGUGCCCUACGAAGUCAAGGUCCCGGUCGACAGGCCCUAUCCCGUCACCGUUGAAAAGCCCUAUCCAGUCGAGGUUAAGGUCCCCGUGCCUCAACCCUACACGGUCCAUAAACCCGUCCCCUAUCCCGUCGAGAAACCCGUGCCUUAUCCCGUUAAGGUCCCCGUUGACAAGCCCUACGUAGUGGAGAAGGAGGUGCCCUACCCCGUUGAGAAAGAAGUACCUGUCCCGGUCAAGGUGCCGGUCCCUGUACCUGUCCACGUGAAGCACGAGAGCCACGGAUACGGUGGAGGUUAUGGGUCCAGCGGCUAUGGCUCCAGUGGAGGUUACGAGUCCAGUGGAGGUUAUGGGUCCAGUGGAGGUUAUGGGUCCAGCGGCGGUUAUGGGGCCAGCGGAGGUUAUGGAUCCAGUGGAGGUUAUGGCUCCAGUGGAGGCGAUUACGGAUCCCAUGGAGGUGGAUACGGAGGCGAGUCUGUCUCCUACUCGCACCAUCGCCGAUAA